GGAGGCGGGGGCAAAUUUGUUGAAUGAAGGUUGCUUUCUGUGUUAACACGGUGAUCCUGAAAGCCCCCGGCCGAUAGAUCCACAUAUUCCAAUGUAAAAUUAAACAAAUGAAAGAGGAGGAGCCGAAACUCAUUUAUUUACAGAUUAGGCUACACGAUGUAGAGUAGAGACUCCGUGCAGCGGGAGCACGAGAUUGGCGAGCAGCAGACGUUUUCCUAGGUUGAUUUACAUUUUGCACGGAGCAGGAAAGCAAAAGUUAAAUAUUUUCUGGCGUCAUCAUUUCCCCUAGAAAUAGGCUACGGGGACAUCUGAUACCAUGAUAAAUAAUACGUGCCUGUCCUUUCACCAUACAAUCGAUUUUAUAGCGACAGUUCGGAUACUGCUAUUGGUGCAGUGACUUCACUUUGUCUACUAUUCUUGGAAGAGCAGAGCAGAAAGAAACCGACUUCGUUUUUAUUAUAGACAAUCCUUGUCAAUCAGUAGGCUACUGUCGCCAUCUGAUGCAUGAGCGAUGCAGCCAGAACACAACAGUAACCCCUAUACUAGACAGGAUGAGGGGGGGAUCAACGGGAUAGGAGACAAUCAGACCAAGGAGGAAGCAUUGAGCGGCGAGCCGCCGACCGAACACUGUGAUGAGGCUACUGCAGACUCUGAAAUGGCGCACAACGGUGGUUCUCCCCAAGACCAGGAGAAUCAGCAAGCACAGGAGGACCAGGGACAGGACCUGGGAGAUGGCGAAUGCAAGAUCCCACACGAGGACAGCACUAUCCAGCUAAUAGAGGCUGGAUGUCUCGAUAGUAAACCCGGUGUGUCCCCGAAUUCCCAGUCUCAGUCCUCGGCACCAGGGCAGAGCCCCGGGUUCGUCCCACCCGAGGGCGGGUUCGGCUGGUUAGUUGUUUUCGCUGCUACCUGGUGUAAUGGAUCCAUUUUCGGGAUACAGAACUCCUUCGGUAUCCUCCACAUGAUGCUGGUGGAAGACCACGCAGACCCCAAUGACAAAACGUCGCAGUUUAAAGUAGCCUGGGUGGGGGCCCUGGCGAUGGGCAUGAUCUUCUUCUGUUCCCCGGUGGUCUCCAUGUUCACCGAUCACUUCGGCUGCAGGAAGACAGCUGUGGGCGGGGCCACCGUGGCCUUCAUCGGACUCCUCAGCACCGCCUUCGCAAAGUCCCUCAGCCUACGGUAUUUCACCUAUGGGAUCCUGUUUGGCUGUGGCUCUUCCUUUGCCUUCCAGCCCUCCCUGGUGAUCCUGGGCCACUACUUCCGGCAGCGGCUGGGCCUGGCCAACGGCGUGGUGACGGCGGGCAGCAGCCUGUUCUCCAUGGGCCUCCCGGUGCUGCUCACCAAGGUGGUGGAGCCGCUGGGUCUCAGCAGAACCUUCCAGAUCCUCAGCCUCUUCAUGCUGGUCCAGGCCCUGCUGGCCCUGACCUUCAGACCCCUGCUGCCCCAGAGAGCUCCAAUGGGACCACCAGAACCAGGGGGCCCCGCUGGGUCCACAACCCAGCCAGGAGCCCCUGCCCGGGGAAGCCGCUGGAGCAGAGCCCAGACCCAGGUCCGGAAGGCCUUUAACGUGAAGGUGUUCCACAUCGUCACCUACCGGGUGUGGGCGUUCGGGGUGUCUACAGCUGUGCUGGGUUACUUUGUGCCUUACAUCCACUUGAUGAACUUCGUGAAGGAGCAGUUCAAGGAGCCCCAGAAGGAGUGGAUCCUGUUGGUGUGUAUAGGAGCCUCAUCUGGCGUGGGACGCCUCCUCUUCGGGAAAGUAGGAGACCUCAUUCCCGGAGCCAAGAAGAUCUGGAUGCAGUCGGUGUCGUUCAUGGUGCUGGGGCUGAUGUCCAUGAUGAUCCCCCAGUGCACGGUGUUUGAGGGGCUGAUUGUGGUGUGUGUGUUCCUAGGGCUGUGUGAUGGCUGCUUCAUCACCAUCAUGGCUCCUAUAGCCUUUGAGCUGGUGGGCCCCAUGCAGGCCUCCCAGGCUAUAGGAUACCUACUGGGACUCAUGGCCCUGCCCAUGACCGCAGGACCCCCCAUCGCUGGACUCCUGCAUGACUACUGUGGUGAUUACAACGUGGCCUUCUACCUGGCAGGGGGUCCUCCCAUCGUGGGGGGCAUGGUGCUGUUCUUUGUGCCCCUGAUACACCGGCGGCAGCAGAGAGCCUUUGCGGGUCAGGAUGGGGGGCCGGAUGACCCCAGCAGGGAUCAUAUGCUGCCCCCGGCGGCCUGCUCUAACGGAAACAUGAUGCCUGGGUACACUGACGUGGAGACACACAUCUGAGUAGCACUACACAAAGGGAUUCUAUUCACCAGCACCUGAGAUCUGUCCGUCCCUGCACCUCCUCCCUUCCACCUCGCCCCUGAACCCCGGCCCCUGAACCCCUGAAUCCCGGCCCCUGACCACGGACUACCUGAUGAUGUACCUCUCAACCUCUGACACAGUUUCUAUAGAAAGCCCUCUCCUCUCUGAACGCCAUUCGUUCCUAAUAGUGAUCCCUAUGGCCUAAGGAAAGAGGGGGAGAAGUUUUUCCCCCUCUGAAGUAAAGGAGGAACAUGUCACUGAUCAUCCAACUUGAACGAAGAGAGAGACGAUUGGCAUUAUCAUAGGACCUGUGCGUCACACAAUCCAAAACAGUGCACUCCCUGUGUCUUUCAGCUCAUUUAAAAUGGUUUUAGACUUCAAAAUGUGAAUUCACACAAUAAGUGUGUACCAUAUAGAGCUGGCCGCCUGAAAACAAAUAUUUUUUCAAUUCUGUUACGUCUGGAAUCAGAGUAUGUAAAUAUUUUAAUAUGCUUCAGUAUGUUCAGAUUAUUCAGAAAGAUAAAUGGUAUUAGAGUAAUUGAAUGGAGUACUUUGUACUUCUCUGUCUAGACCACAAGCAUCUCACACUUUAUUUAAUGUUAUGUUCUUUCCGUCUGUAGGUGUUUCAUUAUAUAAACCGGUUAAAAGUUUUAGAACACCUUCUCAUUUUUCUUUAUUUUUUUAUUAUUUUCUACAUUGUAGAAUAAUAGUGAAGACAUCAAAACUAUGAAAUAACACAAUGGAAUCAUGUCGUAAAGCUGUUAUCAAGGCAAAGGGUGGCUAUUUGAAGAAUCUCAAAUAUAAAAUACAGAAGUUUACAUACACCUUAUCCAAAUACAUUUAAAUUAUUUUUUUUCACAGUUCCUAACAUUUAAUCCAAAUAAAAAUUCCCUGUUUUAGGUCAGUUAGGAUCACUACUUUAUUUUAAGAUUGUGAAAUGUCAGAAUAAUAGUAGAGAGAAUGAUUUAUUUCAGCUUGAAGGUAGGCCUUAAAAUACAUCCACAGGUACACCUCCAAUUGACACCUCCAAUUGUCAGCUUAGUGUAUGUAAACUUCUGUCCCACUGGAAUUGUGAUACAGUGAGUUAUAAGUGAAAUAAUCCGUCUGUAAACAAUUGUUGGAAAAAUGACUUGUGUCAUGCACAAAGUAGAUGUCCUAACCGACUUACCAAAGCUAUGGUUUGUUUUCAAGAAAUUUGUGGUGUGGUUGAAAAAGGACUCCAACCUACAGUGGGGCAGAAAAGUUUUUAGUCAGCCACCAAUUGUGCAAGUUCUCCCACUUAAAAAGAUGAGUGUCCUGUAAUUUUCAUCAUAGGUACACUUCAAUUAUGACAGACAAAAUUAGAUAGAAAAUCCAGAAAAUCACAUUGUAGGAUUUUUAAUGAAUUUAUUUGCAAAAAAUGGUGGAAAAUAAGUAUUUGGUCAAUAACAAAAGUGUAUCUCAAUACUUUGUUAUAUACCCUUUGUUGGCAAUGAGGUCAAAUGUUUUCUGUAAGUCUUCACAAGGUUUUCACACACUGUUGCUGGUAUUUUGGCCCAUUCCUCCAUGCAGAUCUCCUCUAGAGCAGUGAUGUUUUGGGGCUGUUGCUGGGCAACACAGACUUUCAACUACCUCCAAAGAUUUCCUAUGGGGUUGAGAUCUGGAGACUGGCUAGGCCACACCAGGACCUUGAAAUGCUUCUUACAAAGCCACUCCUUCGUUGCCCGGGCGGUGUGUUUGGGAUCAUUGUCAAGCUGAAAGACCCAGCCACGUUUCAUCUUCAAUGCCCUUGCUGAUGGAAUGAGGUUUUCACUCAAAAUCUCACGAUACAUGGCCCCAUUCAUUCUUUCCUUUACACGGAUCAGUCGUCCUGGUCCCUUUGCAGAAAAACAGCCCCAAAGCAUGAUUUUUCCACCCCCAUGCUUCACAGUAGGUAUGGUGUUCUUUGGAUGCAAAUCAGCAUUCUUUGUCUUCCAAACACGACGAGUUGGGUUUUUACCAAAAAAGUUAUAUUUUGGUUUCAUCUGACCAUAUGACAUUCUCCCAAUCUUCUUCUGGAUCAUCCAAAUGCUCUCUAGCACACUUCAGAUGGGCCUGGACAUGUACUGGCUUAAGCAGGGGGACACAUCUGGCACUGCAGGAUGAUAAAUUACAGGCCUCUCAUCUUUUUAAGUGGGAGAACUUGCACAAUUGGUGGCUGACUAAAUACUUUUUUGCCCCACUGUAUGUGUACGUAAACAUCCGACUUCAACUGUAUAUUUUGUAUAUUUUGAUUAACACUUUUUUUUCAUAUUCCAUGUGUUAUUUCAUAGUGUCUUCACUAUUAUUCUACAAUGUAUAAAAUAGUACAAAUAAAGAAAAACCCUUGAAUGAGUAGGUGUUUGAAAACUUUUGACCGGUAGUGUAGAUCUAGGGCAUAAUAUAGGACAUUUAUUUCUGUUAUUAUGAUAACUUAUUGCAGUUAUAUUUUGCAAGUUUCAAUUUAUUUUUUGUUUCUGAUCGAUCAAGGAAGAACACAUCGGUUUCAAUGUUGUAUUGUACUAUAGGUCUCAAUGGCGAUUCCAUCUUGGAAAAGCCACUAAAACGAAGUCACCUCAACCACAUACUGUGGGGAGAACAAGUAUUUGAUACACUGCCGAUUUGACAGGUUUUCCUACUUACAAAGCAUGUAGAGGUCUGUCAUUUCUAUCAUAGGUACACUUCAACUGUGAGAGAUGGAAUCUAAAACAAAAAUCCAGAAAAUCACAUUGUAUGAUUUUCAAGUAAUUCAUUUGCAUUUUAUUGCAUGACAUAAGUAUUUGAGAAAAGCAAACCUUAAUAUUUGGUACAGAAACCUUUGUUUGCAAUUACAGAGAUCAUACAUUUCCUGUAGUUCUUGACCAGGUUUGCACACACUGCAGCAGGGAUUUUGGCCCACUCCUCCAUACAGACCUUCUCCAGAUCCUUCAGGUUUCGGGGCUGUUGCUGGGCAAUACGGACUUUCAGCUCACUCCAAAGAUUUUCUAUUGGGUUCAGGUCUGGAGACUGGCUGGGCCACUCCAGGACCUUGAGAUGCUUCUUACGGAGCCACUCCUUAGUUGCCCUGGCUGUGUGUUUUGGGUCGUUGUCAUGCUGGAAGACCCAGCCACGACCCAUCUUCAAUGCUCUUACUGAGGGAAGGAGGUUGUUGGCAGAGAUCUUGCGAUACAUGGCCCCAUCCAUCCUCCCCUCAAUACGGUGCAGUCGUCCUGUCCCCUUUGCAGAAAAGCAUCCCCAAAGAAUGAUGUUUCCACCACCAUGCUUCACUUUUGGGAUGGUGUUCUUGGGGUUGUACUCAUCCUUCUUCUUCCUCCAAACACGGCGAGUGGAGUUUAGACCAAAAAGCUCUAUUUUUGUCUCAUCAGACCACAUGACCUUCUCCCAUUCCUCCUCCGCUCUGUACCAUCACUCACUCAUAUCUUUAUGUACAUAUUCUUAUCCCCUUACACUUGUGUCUAUAAGGUAGUAGUUUUGGAAUUGUUAGCUAGAUUACUUGUUGGUUAUUACUGCAUUGUCGGAACUAGAAGCACAAGCAUUUCGCUACACUCGCAUUAACAUCUGCUAACCAUGUGUAUGUGACAAAUAAAAUUUGAUUUGGAUCAUCCAGAUGGUCAUUGGCAAACUUCAGACGGGCCUGGACAUGCGCUGGCUUGAGCAGGGGGACCUUGCGUGCGCUGCAGGAUUUUAAACCAUGACGGCGUAGUGUUUUACUAAUGGUUUUCUUUGAGACUGUGGUCCCAGCUCUCUUCAGGUCAUUGACCAGGUCCUGCUGUGUAGUUCUGGGCUGAUCCCUCACCUUCCUCAUGAUCAUUGAUGCCCCACGAGGUGAGAUCUUGCAUGGAGCCCCAGACCGAGCGUGAUUGACCGUCAUCUUGAACUUCUUCCAUUUUCUAAUAAUUUCGCCAACAGUUGUUGCCUUCUCACCAAGCUGCUUGCCUAUUGUCCUGUAGCCCAUCCCAGCCCUGUGCAGGUCUACAAUUAUAUCCCUGUUUUCCUUACACAGCUCUCUGGUCUUGGCCAUUGUGGAGAGGUUGGAGUCUGUUUGAGUGUGUGGACAGGUGUCUUUUAUACAGGUAACGAGUUCAAACAGGUGCAGUUAAUACAGGUAAUGAGUGGAGAACAGGAGGGCUUCUUAAAGAAAAACUAACAGGUCUGUGAGAGCCGGAAUUCUUACUGGUUGGUAGGUGGUCAAAUACUUAUGUCAUGCAAUAAAAUGCAAAUCAUACAAUGUGAUUUUCUGGAUUUUUGUUUUAGAUUCCGUCUCACAGUUGAAGUGUACCUAUGAUAAAAAUGAGAGACCUCUACAUGCUUUGUAAGUAGGAAAACCUGCAAAAUCGGCAGUGUAUCAAAUACUUGUUCUCCCCACUGUACGUACUUCUGCAGUUUUUCCAUGUAACCUGUGCCAUGGCGGAGCUACAGAUAGAGAGUACCAGACCAAACAGAACAUUAUUUACCGGCUUCUGACUUUGUAGAGCCUUAAAUCCAUUUUUUAACAGUGACAUUUCUAAGACUUUAAGUCAAUCAGAUCUUUUUCAUACACAAGUGUGGAUACUUUAAAGUAAACACACCUCUGAGAAGUUUUGCCAAUGUUUUAUUUACUCUGCAGAUUUGUUUUUGUUGUUUUUAAGUUUCUAAAUGGUUUUUUAAAUUAGUUUUUACGAUCUGUCUUACAAUGGCAUUUGGAUCUUGUUAUUCCUAUGGGGGUGAAUCCUAACAUCCACUUUCAGACUCCCAUUGGUGUCAAUAUAUGACUAAGUGAAAAUUGGAAAGAAAAGAAAAAUAACCUUUUAGUCUGCCAGGUUUUUUGCAAACAAUCCAAAUCUACAUGAAGUGCAUUGAGCUUAAUUUUGAAUCGAAAGGCCAUAGUUUUUGCUGUGUGUGUUUGGGCAUUGGUCCACAGACCAGAGAACGAUUGAUAUUACAUGCAUGCACUCAUUGGCUAGGUCCUUUUUUUCAGCCUGAUUCCCAUUGGUCCACAUCAAACUGAUGACUCUUUGUUGAUGAGUUUGCUGCUUCUUAUCUUCAGAUGACAACAUACUGGUUGUUGGGUUCAUGCGUCGUCACGGUAAUAACCAGAUACUGUCUCAUGGAGAUUUUCACCCUAGUAGUGAAAUUCAAUAAAUUGCAGUUGCUGUUACAUUUCAUACAUUUUAAACGGACCACUUUACCUACAUGAGACUACAUUUUACGCACAACAGAAGGGUUGAAUAUGAGUCUUCCGAAUGGCACCCUAUUCCCUAUGGUCAAAAGUACCACACUAUAAAGGGAAUAGAGUGACAUUUGGGACACAGCCUAGACCUAAUGGUAGGACAGAGAGGGAAACGGAGAGAGGACAAAGACCUCAGUAAUCUAGUUAAAUAUGUUGGCAUUCUUCAAAUUAUGACGUCAUACUUCCAAGUGAAAUGAAAUGUUUGCUGUAGUAGUUUUUUAUACCAGCUGUUAGUUUCAGAGCCACAGAGCUUCACAUACUGCCAACAUCUUCCCAAAAACUCCAGUUAUUAAUACUCAUUAUUGUUGCUUUACUAGAUUCUCUGGUAAGACCUGUAUGUGUAUAUGAGAUGUACCUUCCGUCUCCCCCAUCUGGCUGUGAUCCAUACUUUUUAAACUCUUUAUUUUUCCUUCCUGCUUCUCUAAAUGUAAUUCCCUCUGACAGACAGUUCAGUACCUGCCAUUAUAAUAUAGCUUUUAUCCCUAUGGUCCUAGCCUCCAUUAAGGCUGCAGACUGAGUGGACAAGGGUCACCAAGUUAUCUCUACCUCAUUAAGUUCCUCCGUCUCUUCUCUCUUCUGUUGAUCUCACCGCCAUGCUACUCCUAUAUCUCCUACAUCUGGUCGGAGAGCCCGCUAGCUCACCGUGCAUUAUCAUCCUUAGGAUAGAUGGAAAGAGGAAACCUUGUUUGAUCAUGCAAGCUGCAAUACAAUAUGUACUUUUUGAUGAUUUAUUUGGAUCAUUCUCCUAUAGUUGGUCAGAGAGCUUGCUGGAUAUAGCCUGGUUUAAACCAGAUUCAACCAUUGUGAGUGCAGCAUUCAGUCUGGUCCUACCAGGCUAUGCUGUUGGCUCACCAAGCAUCCUUAUUCUUAUACUGUAGAUGAGUAAUCAAAACUACAAGAUGUACUUUUGUUCAUUCUCUUGUUUAGUUUGGCACUGGUCAUUGUUCUGUUUCUGUUUUGAUGAGAUCAGCUUUUGAAAUAUGAGAUUUUGAACCACUGAGACAUAUUUGGACAGGAGUGGAUAAUGACUGAUGGUGAAACAUGCAGCCUUCAUGGUGUUGUUUGCUGAACCACUGUUUGGUUAGUCAAAGUCCUGUUGUCUCUGCAGUGGUUUCUGAGUGGGCACUAGUGCAUAUUGUACCUGAAAUGUCUAGGCCCAGUACCAGUUCAAGGAACGGUCACAUAGGCUUGCAUGUACUCAAUGAGAGUAGAAUCUCAUUAUACAUCUUCAUAUGUACACGGCUAAAAUAACUACAUUAUUACAUUUUGUUUCCUAAUAUUGUUGGUAUUUUAAUUGUAUCUCACCCCAUAGCAGCCAUAGCAUUCUGAACCCCGGUGAUCUUUUGGGAGUUUUCUCCCAAACAAUAUGUCCUUUUUCAGUCUGAUCCAGCCCAGUGUGUGUUAGACAGGGCUGUUAGAUAAGGUCAAAUACAGUCCUCUUUUUAUUACGUCCUUGGGCUGGUGUACACCAAGUAUCUGUCCCAAAUGGUGCCCUAUUCCCUUUAUAGCGGACUACUUUUGACCACAGCCCUAUGGAUCCUGGUAAAAAAAACACACACUAUAUAGGGAAUAGAGGGCCAUUUGGGACGUAUCCCACAUCUGCAUACUUCUGACCACACCUACCUAGUUUCUUCUUCUUUAGCUUUUGCUGUAUAACCCAUAGACUGUACAUCACCCAUAGGCUGUACAUCACCCUGACUGUGUCACCUGUAGCCUGUACCUCACCAGUAGACUGUGUCACCCGUAGACUGUACAUCACCCUGACUAUCCUAUCACCCUGACUGUCACCCGUAGGCUGUACAUCACCCUGUGUCACCUGUAGACUGUACAUCACCCUGACUGUGUCACCCGUAGACUGUACAUCACCCUGACUGUCACCCGUAGACUGUACAUCACCCUGACUGUCUGCCGUAGACUGUACAUCACCCUGACUGUGUCACCCGUAGACUGUACAUCACCCUGACUGUCACCCGUAGACUGUACAUCACCCUGACUGUCACCCUGACUGUCACCCGUAGACUGUACAUCACCCUGACUGUCUGCCGUAGACUGUACAUCACCCUGACUGUCACCCGUAGACUGUACAUCACCCUGACUGUCUGCCGUAGACUGUACAUCACCCUGACUGUCACCCGUAGACUGUACAUCACCCUGACUGUCACCCGUAGACUGUACAUCACCCUGACUGUCUGCCGUAGACUGUACAGCACCCUGACUGUCUGCCGUAGACUGUACAGCACCCUGACUGUCUGCCGUAGACUGUACAGCACCCUGACUGUCACCCGUAGACUGUACAUCACCCUGACUGUCACCCGUAGACUGUACAUCACCCUGACUGUCUGCCGUAGACUGUACAGCACCCUGACUGUCUGCCGUAGACUGUACAUCACCCUGACUGUCACCCGUAGACUGUACAUCACCCUGACUAUCAUCCUGACUGUCACCCGUAGACUGUACAUCACCCUGACUGUCUGCCGUAGACUGUACAGCACCCUGACUGUCACCCGUAUGCUGUACAUCACCCUGACUGUCACCCGUAGACUGUACAGCACCCUGACUGUCACCCGUAGACUGUACAGCACCCUGACUGUCACCCGUAGACUGUACAGCACCCUGACUGUCACCCGUAGACUGUACAUCACCCUGACUGUCUGCCGUAGACUGUACAGCACCCUGACUGUCUGCCGUAGACUGUACAUCACGCUGACUGUCUGCCGUAGACUGUACAGCACCCUGACUGUCACCCGUAGACUGUACAUCACCCUGACUGUCUGCCGUAGACUGUACAGCACCCUGACUGUCUGCCGUAGACUGUACAGCACCCUGACUGUCUGCCGUAGACUGUACAGCACCCUGACUGUCUGCCGUAGACUGUACAUCACCCUGACUGUCUGCCGUAGACUGUACAUCACCCUGACUGUCACCCGUAGACUGUACAGCACCCUGACUGUCUGCCGUAGACUGUACAUCACCCUGACUGUCACCCGUAGACUGUACAUCACGCUGACUGUCUGCCGUAGACUGUACAUCACCCUGACUGUCUGCCGUAGACUGUACAUCACCCUGACUGUCUGCCGUAGACUGUACAGCACCCUGACUGUCACCCGUAGACUGUACAUCACCCUGACUGUACAUGACUGUGCUGCUCUUGUUUAAUAUUUUAUCUGAUCUCUUGCACAAUGUUUCUGCUGUUAUUUUCAUCACAACUCUCACCUCAGAUUUCCUACCAACGGUCACCAAUCUCUUCCUGAACCUCAACUUUUCAGAUAUAUAUAUUUUCCAUUGUAUUUUUUCCAGAAAUGUUCUAACAAUCGGAACCACAAGAUUUGAAAUGAAGAUGCUGCUAGAUACAUGUCAAGUUAUUUCGGAUCUGUAAUAAAACAGUUUGUUAUUGUGUACUACCGUAAAUGUGUUAUGUGAUGUUAAAUGAUGUGAUGUUCUGUUAGCUCAGUCUCAGUAUGACUCAGGGAGAAAUUAAAUGAUGCCUGUUAUCCGUG